AUGAUUGCCUACUUCACUCUUCCUUGGACUAAAUUUAAGCUUCUAUGGUGCUGGUACGGAAACCAUAAGAUAAAACUUCCCGUUCGCGAACGAUAUGAAGAAGAAGAAGAAAGGUACGCGUAUCGUAACCUUUAUAACUCCUUAGUGGACUCACAAGGAGAUGAUGUGCCUGAAGAGGAUAAAGGAAAAUGUGUUGCAGUGGCUUUAGUGCCUAGUGAUGAUGACAACUGCCUUGGUAACUCACAAUAUCACUCUGACUCUGAAGGUGAGAAGCUUGACUCUGAAAAUGAGAAGUCUGACUCUGAAGAUGAGAAGAAGAAAGCAGAGGCCCUUCAAAGUUUUUAUCAGGAAUGGGACCAAGAAUGGGGUCCUGAUAUUGCUGAUAUGGAUGAAGACUUCUUUCCAGUUGAUGAUGGUCCAGUAGUGUAUAAUCCUGAUGUAAUGGAGGUGGGUAUGCAGUUUGAAGACAAGAUACAGUUUAAGAAGCAUCUCAGGACUUAUCCAGUGAUAAAGAAAUUUCAGUAUAUUUUGAAGCCUUGUGACAAUAGAAGGAUUAGAGUGAAAUGUAGGUAUCAUAAGUCUGAAGGUUGUAAGUUUGAAAUAUUUGCAUCAAAUACAAAGGGGGAGAAGACUUUUACUGUUAGAAGUAUGAAUCUGGAGCAUACUUGUGUUGGAGAUCCAUUUAGCAGAAAUAAAUCAGCCAAUGCAGAGUUUGUUGCUCAGUAUCUGUUUAAGAAGCUGAAGACUGGUGGAUUCCUUCAGCAUCCAUGGGACGUUGCAGAUGAAUUCUACACUUCUCACAACACUUCUCUGUUAUAUCAUGUUGCUUGGAAACCUAGGACUAUGUGCUUGGAAAAAAUGCAUGGUAGAUAUGAAGACUCUUAUAAAAUGGUUCCAUCCUUUGUAAACAUGGUAGCAAGUACUAAUCCUGGUUCUGCAUCAAAUUACAGUGUUGGAAGGGCGGAUAAUUGCUUUGAGUCAAUGAUGAUUGCAUUUCAUGCUCCAAUUCAUGGGUGGAAAAAUGGUUGCAUAAAAGUGGUUGGUGUUGAUGCAUGUCACCUUACUGGAAAGCUGGGAGGUGUUCUUAUGGCUGCUACUGGUUUAGAUGCACAGAACCAGGUUGUACCACUAGCAAUACAAGUGGAAAAAGGUUUGAUUGAGGCUGUUAGUGCUUUAUUUCCAGGAAGCCCACACAGAUAUUGUUUUAGACACAUGUUCAAGAAUUUGAAGACUCACUACAAGGGUUCAAAGAUACAUAACCUUAUCUGGAAUGCUGCUAAAGCCUAUAAGUUCACCCAUUGGAAAUUCCAUAUGGAUGCUUUGGUGCUGGAAAAUGCAGCUGCUGCUCAAUAUAUUAUGACUGAGGAUCCUACCCAGUGGUCCAGAGCAUUCUUUGACCCCUCUUCAUGUUGUGAACAUAUGAACAAUAAUUUCUCUGAGUCCUUUAAUAACAUGAUUAAGAAACUUAGAGACAAGCCUAUUUGUACCUUGGGCUUAAUGUAUGGACAGUUAAUAAUGGACUUGUGGUAUAGGAGAAAGCAGUUGUCUUUGAACUGGAAAAAUGGUGAAUUAGUACCUGAAGCAAUGAAGCUGAUUGAGAAGAUGAAAGAAUGCACUGGUCAGUUUAGGAUUAGUGGUGUUGUAUAUGGUCAGAGUUAUCAAGUUACAUCAAUUCAUAAUUCUGUCUUCCAAGUUGAUCUGAUCAACAAGACUUGUAGUCGUGUCCAAUGUUAUUGUAGUCCAUACUACACAGUGGAUGCAUACAAAGCCACUUAUGCCACCCAAAUGCAGUUACUCAGAGGGAGAGAAGAUUUGGAAGAGCCUCAAGAGCCUUUUGUCAAACCACCUAUAGAUAAGAGGAAACCAGGAAGAGCUGAUACGAAGAGGAAGUUAGGGCAUGAUGAGCAUGUGAGCGAGAAGAGACAGAGGACAUGUAAGAGAUGUAACCAGAUAUGCCAUAACAGAAGAACUUGUGCUGGUGGUGAGGUUGUUUCUAAUCCUAAAGGAAGAAGACCAAGAACCAUGGUAGAUGGAGGAACCCAAGAAACUACUCACCCAGAUCCAGCUGAGUGUAGUUCCAGCAGGAGACGGAGAGGCAUAGGUUCUAGGGGUGGCAGAGGUAGAGGAUCUGCAUCAACUUCUGCAGCUGCAUCAACCUCAGCAUCAACAUCUCAAAAUGCACCAUCAACAUCUUCUGCACCUGCAUGA